AUGCAGCUGAUUCGCAUCAGCCCACGGUUCGGCGUCAUGCUCUUGUUCAUGGUGAUCUCCGUUGUAUUUGCGAUUGUGGACAUGUGUGCGAUCCGGGUCGAGAAUCGCCUAGGCUACCCCCCGGGGAUGGAGCCGUUCUGGAAGUUGGCGUUUGUUUUCAAAUGCCUGAGCGACACCAUCAUCUUGGAUGACUUCCGAAGCGCCCUCGAUCGACUGCGCUAUCACUACCACCCGGACGGUGUGCCACCCCAGGAGACCACGCACGCUCGCGGUCGGAGCACAAACCGGCUUGUGGACCGUGUACCCGAGGCGUCUAUCAAACGCCCCGAGCCAGUAUGUCGGCCACCGGACAUGGUGUAA